AUGAAUCCUAUAUCAAAGCUACUUAAAUUAAAACAAAGAUAUCAUCAACAUCAUCAUAAAACAAAACCAGAAGAAACAUUAAACCCUUGUAUAGAUGAACAACCAGUUGUGCUAAGAAAUAAGUCGUCUACAAUAAAACAACUUACACGAUCUAAAAGUGAAAUAACAAAACAACCGGUGAAAAAAGUUCGUUUCAAAAGUAAUGGAACCUUAUCGUUGAAAGCAAUGCGUCGAAGAAAACAACUUGAAGAAGAGAUGAUGCAAUUCGAUGGAGAGUUGUGCAGAAUGGAUGAAAAUUUAGACUUGUUGAAGAAUAAAAAGACUAAUGAUGAAAUUAUAAAGACAUUAAAAGUUGGUGUAAGAUCAUUGAGACAUUUGCAGAGAAAGGCGUUAUCGUAUCAAGCUGAGAGUGAUUACGAUGAUGGGGAAUUUCAGGUUACUGAAGAGGAAUUAGAAGAGGAACUUCGUCAGCUAGAGCUUCUAAGUAAUCAACAGAAAAAUAGUCAGUCACCACCUCCGGAGUCGAAUGCUGAACCAACACUACUUUCAAAAAUGAAUAACCGGGUGGAAGACGAUAGUAUCAAAGCACUAGUAGAUUGGGCAAAUUGA